UUUAAACUCAACGCACAUCCCAGGAAUAGCCAGAAAAAGUGGCCGUGGCUGAGCGUACUAAGUAAGCCCCCUCAGGCGUCACUUCCAGUCAAGCGGCCGUAUCAUCUUCUCUGCGCGAUCAUGGCCGUCCUCACGCCCUGCCUGGCGCUGGUGCUGUGCGUGGUGGUGAGCUUCCUGGUGCUGAGGAGCCGCCGCCAAAGCAAGGUUGUAGACCCUCGGGGGAAAACACAAGCGGACUUUAAACCGUGGGUGGACCAGGACCUGCAGGAUGACAGCCAGGUCCCAACAGGAGAGGAUGAGGAAGGCAAGUGGGCGGACAGCAACGUGGAGGACGAUGUCCCGCACGUGCCCUACUCACCUCAGCGCCACCCCGAGGACAAGAUGCUGCAGCGCUCUCACCACUUCUAUGCUCUGAUGAACCAGCGCAGGUCGGUCCGCUUCAUCAGCCCAGAGCCGGUCCCGCGGGAAGUCAUCAACAAUGUCGUCCGCACUGCAGGUACCGCCCCCAGCGGCGCGCACACAGAACCCUGGACCUUUGUGGUGGUCUCGGAUGUGGACACAAAGCAUCGGAUCAGGCUGAUAGUGGAGGAAGAGGAGGAGAUGAACUACCGCCAGAGGAUGGGGGACAAGUGGGUAAAGGAUUUGGCAAAAUUAAGGACAAACUGGAUCAAGGAGUACUUGGAUGUGGCUCCAUACUUGAUCCUGAUCUUCAAGCAGACCUACGGCGUCCUACCAGUCAAGAAGACACAUUACUACAAUGAGAUCAGUGUCUCCAUAGCCUGUGGCAUCCUACUGGCUGCACUGCAGAACGUCGGUCUUGUUACCGUGACGUCGACGCCCCUCAACUGCGGCCCUCAGCUCAGGCUGCUUCUCAAACGACCGCCCAACGAGAAGCUCCUCAUGCUACUUCCUGUAGGCUACGCUGCUAAGGACGCCACCGUGCCUGACCUCACACGCAAACCUCUGGAGGACAUCAUGGUGCACAUAUGAGCCUGCACAGAGCAGACAUCAUCAUAUGUCAUAAGAAAUAUGUCACGUGAUUAAAAGAUCU